ACCCUAUUAAAAUUAGUUAGAAACUUGUUUUCUUGAUAAAACAAAUGGUUGAAACUUAUUUCAUGUAUCUUUCCAUCUUUUUGACCAUUACUAAAAUCUACUCUGUCAUGAAAAAGAAACUCACCAAGAAAUUAAAAAUCUAAGUACUACUAUAGUAGUUAAUACCACAAACCAUACCAUUAAAAUUCAUACCCUUCUUAUGAAAUUAUUAUCAAUAUCAUCAAUUAUAUCAACCAAAAACAAAACCAACUUUUUCUCUCCACCAAAAAACCUCUUCAAUUAGCCAUGGGAGAAAAGGAGAAAAACAAGAACAAGAACAACAACAAGAAGCAAAAACACCAACAUCCCAAUUCUCAAACAACAAAACAAACCUCAGAUUUCUCCUUCAAACCAACCUCAGAAGUAAAAGGUAUAAGAUUUGGUGGCCAAUUCCUAGUAAAAUCAUUUCCAAUAAGAAAAGCAAAACCACUUGAACUACUAAAAGUUCUUUCAUUUCCACCAACAAAACCAAACAAUAAUCAUAAUCACAAACUUCCAUUCCCUUCAACAACAGCAUUUUUACCAACAAAUUUCACAAUCUUAGCUCAUCAAGCAUGGCAUACAUUAACCUUAGGACUUGGUUCAAAAAAAUCAAAAGUUGUUCUUUUUGUGUUUGAAACAGAAGCUAUGAAAUGUUCUGUUGAUAGAAUUUGGCCACAUGAAAUUGCACUUGGUGAUGUUAACAAGAAACUCAUCAAGGGUCUUGUUGGUUUUGAAAUGGCAAGGUUCAAAUUUAGAAAAGGGUGUUUAACUUUUUAUGUUUAUGCUGUUAGAGAAAUUGGAAGCUUUGGUUUUCUUUGUGCUGAAGAUUUAAAGAUUAUUCUUCAAUCUGUUGUUGAGCUUAAAGAUUUCUUGGAUCAUACUACUAUGCUUGCUAUGCCAAAUCAAAGAAGUAUUAAUUACUCUCAAUCACAACAAAAUCAGGUUGCUAUGGCUCAUUAAUUAGAUUAUAUGUUAUAUAAUGUUGUUAUAUGAAUUAAUUAAUCUUGAUUAAUUCAUAUAUAUGUGUUUUUUGUUCUUUAUUAAAUUGACACUAUUAUCAUUUUCAUAAUUUUUUUUGUUAGGAUUUUAAUUUGUUAACUUUGUUUGUUAGUUUUUGGAGGUUUUUUAUUGGUUUAUUUGUUGAUUAUCUUGUUUGAUUUGUAUUUCUUUUUCUUCAUUUAAUAUUUUGAAUUUUGAGAAAAAGAAAGUGCAAUUUAGAAUGAAUAAAUUUGGGGAUUGAAUUGAA